AUGGGAUCCAAACACAAAAAAAACGCCCUGAAAAGCCUAAGGGCGUUUAGUUUUAUCAUCUUGAGUGCCCUGAUAGCACUUGUAUAUAUAUUCAAUCCGGUGAAAUUGAUUUUUCCUUCCUCAAUAAUUCGCUUUCAUCACGGGUUGCCACCACAAUCGCAAGAAAUCGUCACAGAACAACCAAAAUCCCACUCCAAGUUCCAGCUUAAGCAUAUAUAUCAUCAUGGGUCCGGAAAAAACUAUAAAAUUCACCGGCGCCUUGAUAUUACUCCCGAAUAUUUGGCCAAACAUGACGCAUAUUUUCAGCAUUUUAACCAGCUUCAAUCUGGAACCGAGCAAGUUUCCCUUGACAACUUGGAUUCAGUCGUGGCACAGUACGACUGGCCAAAACAUCACCAGGGAAAGAAUCCAUGGACCAUAGAGCUUCCCAUGAAAAUUGCCAAACGGCCAGCAGUUAGAUUGAAACAGAGACAUGAUCACAACUACAUUGAUUCGUAUCUCCAGUAUGCCCUUUCGGUAAAGAGUAAUCCUCAGCAUAUUAAUAAUGUUCAACUUGAGUGGAUACUGGAAGACAUAUCAGUUCCAGACGUCAAAGAUAGGGACACUGUAGUAUCCCUUGCUACCAUUUCCUCAAAUGCCUACGUGAGAUUCCCCAAAGAUGACGACGAGAAGAAGAACCUGGACUGGAUAGAUGUAGGGGAACCGUGGGUUCCAGAUGAUCGCAACAACAACAUCGAAUUUGGGUGGGGAGACGAUGGACUUCGCGGACAUAUAUUCGUCAGUGAAGACAAUAAGACGGUUGUUAUUGGUGUCAAGGGUACUUCUGGAGCCGGGCUUCCUGGUUCAGGGUCUGAGGAAACACAAGCAAAUGAUAAGACGAAUGAUAAUUUGUUAUUUCUGUGUUGUUGUGCACGUAUAAGCUACAUGUGGACUACGGUUUGCGACUGCUACGAGAAGACGUAUACCUGCAACCAAGAUUGUUUAGAGAAAGAAUUGGUGCGCAAGGACCGCUAUUAUCAAGCGGUGCUUGACCUUUAUCGGAAUGUCACCGAAAUAUACCCGUCAGAAAGCCAUGAUAUAUGGGUUACUGGCCAUUCUUUGGGAGGUGCUUUGGCGUCGCUUUUGGGACGAACUUAUGGAUUACCGGUGGUAGCCUAUGAGGCUCCAGGUGAGAUGCUUGCCACCCAGCGUCUUCACCUUCCACAACCACCAGGACUCCCCAAACAUGCAGAAAAUAUCUGGCAUUUCGGUAAUACAGCAGACCCCAUAUUUAUGGGAGUUUGUAAUGGAGCAUCCAGUCUGUGUAAUCUCGCGGGCUAUGCCUUGGAAACAGCUUGCCACACCGGACGCCAGUGCGUAUAUGAUGUGGUUACGGAUAAAGGAUGGCAUGUGAACUUGCUCAAUCAUCGAAUCCACACCGUUAUCGACGAUAUAAUUAUGACCUACAACGAUACAGCUCCAUGUGCAGACCAACCUCCAUGUCGUGAUUGUUUCAAUUGGAGAUUCACCAGCAGAGAUGACAGUCUUGAUGACGAGCCACCGUUGCCCAAUCCAUUACGGCCUGGAAAACCUAGUACAACAUCCUCCAGUCAGCACCAUACUUCUACAACUACCACCACCGAAACAUCCAGACCCCAAAAGUGCCUAAAGAGAACAUGGUAUGGGUGGUGCGUGGAAUGGGGCGAUGAGGAAGAUGCAUGA